GCCCCAGUCCUCACUUUCCCUUUCCUCCUCUGCCAACCAUGUCAUCUACCCAGCCACCGUCAGGACCUCCAGACAACAACGAGAAGAAGCCAGAGGAGACUUCUCAGCCCUCAAAUGCCCCGGCGGCCCCCGCAGAGGCGAUGGACACCACCCCAGACCAGCCUGCGGAGGAAACAUGGGCAGACAUCCCGGAGGACAUCAUGGCCCUCCCUACGGAUGAGAUCUCGACCCGCGCACGGCUCAUUGACAAUGACAUCAAGGUUAUGAAGUCGGAGACGCUCCGUCUCCAGCACGAACAGAGCACGAUGAAGGAGAAGAUUAGAGAUAACGGCGAGAAGAUCAAGCAGAACAAGGUUCUGCCCUACCUCGUCGGCAACGUCGUCGAGAUACUCGACAUGGAUCCCGACGCGGAGGAGGACGGCGCGAACCAGGACGCCGAGUCCAUGCGCCGUGGCAAAUGCGCCGUCGUCAAGACCUCGACCCGCCAGACCGUCUUCCUGCCCAUGAUCGGGCUCGUCCCCCCCGAGAAGCUCAAGCCGUCCGACCUCGUCGGCGUCAACAAGGACUCGUACCUCAUCCUCGACCAGCUCCCCACCGAGUACGAUAACCGCGUCAAGGCGAUGGAGGUCGACGAGCGCCCGACGGAGACGUACACGGACAUUGGCGGCCUCGAGAAGCAGAUCGAGGAGCUGGUGGAGGCUAUUGUGUUGCCCAUGGAGCAGGCGGACAAGUUCAAGACGCUCGGGAUCAAGCCUCCGAAGGGGUGUUUGAUGUAUGGCCCGCCCGGUACGGGAAAGACCCUGCUCGCUCGUGCAUGUGCCGCACAGACGAAAGCGUGCUAUCUGAAACUCGCCGGCCCGUCGCUGGUGCAGAUGUACAUCGGUGACGGUGCUAAACUCGUCCGAGAUGCGUUCGACCUGGCCAAGGAAAAGGCUCCUGCCAUCAUCUUCAUCGAUGAAUUGGACGCCGUCGGAACGAAGCGGUUCGAUUCAGAAAAGAGCGGUGACCGUGAGGUCCAGCGGACGAUGUUGGAGCUCCUCAAUCAGCUCGAUGGAUUCAGCAGCGACUCACGAAUUAAGGUCAUUGCGGCAACGAACCGAAUCGACAUUCUGGAUCCUGCCUUGCUUCGUUCGGGACGGCUGGACCGCAAGAUCGAGUUCCCAUUGCCGAACGAGACGGCCCGGGCACGUAUUCUGCAGAUCCACUCGCGCAAGAUGACGGUGGCGACCGACGUGAACUUUGAGGAGCUCGCGCGGAGUACGGAUGAGUUUAACGGUGCUCAGCUGAAAGCGACGUGUGUCGAGGCUGGUAUGAUUGCACUUCGGGAGGGCGCAACGAGGCUCUCGCACGAGCAUUUCCUGAGUGGGAUAGCAGAAGUGCAAAGCAAGAAGAAGAACGAUCUUAUGUAUUUCGCAUGAUCACCUCAUGAUCAUGUUUUUCUGUGUUUUCUCUUGAGAUCCUCGACGCGUACUAGACCGGACUAAUUUCCAUGUCACUCUGUCACUCAAUAAUCUGCGCAAGCAUUUGUAACCCUAUGGUCUG